AUGGGGCCUUUACCUCUCUGGCUAACAGCGGGCUUGGCUGCGGUGGCAGUGUCACUCGCAGCUGUCAUAAUCCGAUACCUUCUAGCAACCAAACGUCCUAAAGACUUCCCACCGGGCCCGCCAACCCUUAUUGGGAUCGGCAACCUCCACCAAAUCCCACUCAAGCAGCCAUUUCUUCAGUUUCACGAAUGGUCCAAGACGUAUGGUGACAUUGUUGGACUCAAAAUCGGCUCGUCUAAUCUCGUCGUUCUUCACAGUGCUCAAUAUGUGCGCGAGCUAUUCGAGAAACGCGGCUCCAUUUACUCUGGAAGACCCUAUAGCUACGUGCAUGUUGAGCAUGUGUACCGUGAACAUGCUGACAAACACCUCCUGAAUCUUCAAAAUGGACCCUACCUCCGGCAAUGGCGUGCUGCCUCCUCCUCUCUUCUUGGUCCAGCGGGUGUGAGGCAGACCAUCCCAAUGCAGGAGGUGACUUCAGCAAGACUAGUACACGAGCUGUUGCAAGCAACUCCUUCCAAGACAUUGGAGCAUUUCAAGUUUUGGGCGCUAUCCACUCCUCUCCUGGCCAUCACCGGGCAACGGCUGGAAAACCGUGGCAAAGCCUUUUCGGACCGCCAUUUUAGUGCCCAGCAGCAGUGGAUCGAGCUGCUGGAGCCGGGUAGCGCUCCCCUGGCCGCUGUUGUUCCUUUUCUGCGCUGGGUUCCAGAGAGGUUUGCCAGCUGGAAAGGCAAGGCGCGAUGUGUGCGACAGUACAUGCUCGAGGAGUACUAUGGUUUCUUGAAAAGCGCUAAGGAAUUGAGCAAUAGCGCUGAUGAUAGCCCAAAGACAAGCGGAUACGUACCUACGAAAUACCGCUGCCUUAUGACAAAAAUUAUUGAGGAGUCGGAGGCAGAGGAGAGGAAAGGGGGCCGUAGGCCAUUCAAUGGUGACCAAAUCGCUUACCUUGGUGGAAGCCUCCUCGAUGCAGCAGUCGGCACGACAUGGGCCACUACGAUGAGCUUCAUUUUGUUAAUGGCAGCCUAUCCUGAUGUUCAAGCCAAAGCUAGAGAGGAGAUAGACCGAGUAAGCACAGACAAGCCCCCGGGAAGCGAAGUGCUUGCCCGGCUGCGGUACCUCAAAGCCUCUCUAUUAGAGGUUUAUCGCUUUCGUCCACCAGGCCCUCAUGGGCUUCCCCACGUUACUGAUCACGACGACAUCUUUGCAGGGUACAAGAUCCCCAAGGGAACCACAGUUCUUGCCAACGUCUGGGCAAUCCAUCACAACGCCGAUGACUACGAUCAGCCAAAUGAAUUUCGCCCGGAGAGAUAUCUAGACAACCCAUUCGGGCUCAAACCGGGCGUUGAGGCUUGCGAAGGGCGGCGGGCAACCUACGUCUUUGGUGCAGGUCGUAGGAUCUGUAUGGGUGAGCAGUUUGCCGAGAAUGCCAUCCUACUGGCUAUGUCCAAGCUCCUCUGGGCGUAUAACAUUUCUGCUCCGGAAUCGCUUGACCUCACCGUUGAGACCGGGUUCCACACAGGGUUGGUGCUAAGCCCCCAUCCCUUUAAAGUUGACUUUGUUUUGCGGGACGACGACAGGAGGGAGAGUGUGAUUCUCGACUACAAAGAAGCGUCUGCAGCACUGAAACACAUUGGGAUCUGA